GUUUUUGGUCUUUCUGGCAAAGCUUUGAAUUGUUUGGAUUGAUUUCCAACAAUUCAAAUCUUUUGAUCUUCUAAGUAGCAAUUCAUAAAAUAAAAAAAAAAACAAUGGCAGCAACACAGACCAUGAUUUUUGCCCUGGAUGACACUGACCACAGUUUCUACGCCCUAGAAUGGACACUUGACCAUUUUUUUGCCGCACCUCAAUCCCUUUUUAAGCUCAUCAUUGUUCACGUUAAAACCACUCCAACUUCUGUCGUAGGUCUUGCUGGUCCAGGAACAAGUGACGUGCUGGUACUGGUAGAAAAAGAUAUUAAAAAGACAGCCCAGAGAGUUUGCGAGAAGGCAAAACAAUUAUGCGACGCUAAAAGGGUGAGUGAUGUAACAUUUGAUGUUAUUGAAGGAGAUGCUAGAAAUGUGCUGUGUGAUGCUGUUGACAAGCACCAUGCCACUGUUUUGGUCAUGGGCAGCCAUGGUUACGGAGCUUUCAAAAGGGCUGUUUUGGGCAGCGUAAGUGACUACUGCUCUCACCAUGCUCGUUCCUCCGUGAUGAUUGUGAAGAAGCCAAAGACAAAGAAUUGAAAAUUUUCAUUAAUAAAGGAAAUGUUGGAGGGAGAUUAAUUAGACCAAAACGUUGGCAAGAAAUACUAAUUAAGAGAAGGGGACAUACAUCUAAUUCUCUAUAAUUUUUGUAAUCAAUAGAAUAUGUAGCUAGCAUGUAAUUGAAAAAAAAAAUCAUUAUCUUGCCAGCUUCAUGAAAUUAGUCAUUGGAAAUUUACAGGCAUGCCCUCUUUUUUUUCUUUCUCCUUUUUUUUCUUUACUUGCACCACAUGCAUGGUGUAUUUUUGUUGAUCUUUUUGCAAUUUUGAAUCAAUGGAAAUGAAAUCC